AUGACGGAGGAUCAACCCCAUUCCCCCGUUAAGGAGCAAUUCGAUGAGAAAACAGACUCCCUUAAUCCAAACGUUCAUCAGCUGUCUGAUGGCACAUCCACCCCCUCAGAUAGCGACAAGGAAGCACAGCGAGAUACGCUCUCUCACCUUCUCGUCAAAAACGGCCAGCAGGUCCUCGUCACUUGGACCCUAGAAGAGGAAUCUGUCAUUGUUCGAAAACUGGACUUCCUUUUCCUCCCUAUAUUCUCGUUAAUAUUUACUUGGAUGGCCAUUGAUCGGACCAAUGUGUCGAGCGUGCUGACUUCCACCUUUCUUUCUGACACAUCUAUGACCCGGGAUCAGGCCAACACGGGUGUCUCUCUACUCUGGUUGGGAAUUGUCUUGCUCGAGAUUCCCUCAAACAUCAUCCUCCACCGCGUGGGUCCCCACUACUGGAUCCCCGCCCAGGUCAUCAUCUGGGGCUUAAUAGAAGUAUUGCAAAUGUUUGUAACUAAUGCCAGUGGUUGGUAUGCCGCACGGCUGUUCCUUGGGCUUGCGGAGAGCGGAUUCAUCCCCGGUGGCCUUUACAUCUUGUCUACAUGGUAUGCACCCAACGAGCUUACAAAACGCACCGCAGUAUUUUUCCUUGGGCCGGCGUUUGCUGCGGCUUUUGGGUCCCUGAUUUCAGCAGGCGCAUUGACGUUGCACCAGGAGGGGGGGCUGAGUGGGUGGCAAUGGAUCUUUGUCAUCUGUGGCAUCUCCACGAUAGCCUCGGGGCUCUUGGCUUUCGCUUUUGUUCCGAAGUCUCCCCACCAUACUUCUUACCUCUUUGGCGGGCUUGUCCAUGUGCGGGGCUGGCUCAAUGAGCACGAAGCUGACAUUCUCGUUGCACGUCGAGCCCGAAGAGAAGAUCAUCAGGUGGCCGGGUCGACUCUCAAAAUUAGCUGGAAGGAUAUAACUGAUGUCCUUUUCCACUGGGCUACCUGGCCAUACCUUGUUGUGUGCCUUGCCGGCCUUCAAUCUACCAACGGGCUGAGCACCUGGGGCGCAACUAUCAUCAAGUCGCUUGGCUUUAGCGCAAUACGAGCUAACUUGCUUAAUGCCCCGGGAAGUCUGUUGGGUGCAAUCUUUGGGAUUGUCUUAUCUGCAUUUGUGGACAGAUACAGUCGUUUCGGCUAUGCAAUCUUAUUUUCGGCUGUGUGGACUCUCGCGGGUCUAAUUGCACUUUAUUCUCUUCCAAUCACCUCCAAAGCGUCCUGGUCAUUCUAUGCAGCUUAUGUGGUCACCCAAUCAUCCCCAAAUUGGCAGCCAAUAAAUGUCACCUGGUUGUCCUUGAACUUUAAGACGCCCCAGAAACGUGCAAUUGCAUAUGCAAUAUACAUCGGAUGCUCUAACCUAGGUGGCACAUAUGGCAACCAAGUAUUUAGAGCGAGUGACGCCCCUCUCUACCAUACCGCAUGGAUUGCCUGUAUAUCCCUGGGGGCAGUGUGGCUCGCGGGAGUUGUCACACAAACUUUCGGCUUUCAGUGGGCGAACCGAGUUUUCGCAAAGAAGUUGGCGGACAACCCUGAGCUGGAAUCGGAGGCUACGCAUAUUGACCGCAAUGGGCGAAAGUAUCGCUACCAUUGGUGA